GUUCUUCUGGGGGCCGGCCCUGAACCACAGGGGCUUUGGCAAGGGCGAACAGCCCUUGGGUGAGGAAGGGGCGUCGGGUUGAUUAGCACCACAGGGGCUAGUGCGCCGAGGUUUGUCUCCUGCCCCGCAGAUCGCUGUCAGCUCGGACGCGGCAGUUUAUGGGGGUGUCUGUAGGCUGGGAGCCACCACCCAAGUGCGAGGCGUCACGUGGACCGGUGCCCGUGACGGUGGUCCCAGGCAGAGGGGCGUUGGGAAGGCGCGCGAGCUGACUUCCCACGAUUCCUAUUGUUGCUUCUCGAAUUUGAGAGGAGGAAAAAUGCCUGUUAUUGAUUCAGCCGUUCUCCCGGAACAGUUCUUCCUCUGCUUCAGCUAAAGGAAGGCUGGACGUUGCGGGGUGGAUAGUAGUAUCCCAGCCAAAGCUCAGCUCUCUGGGUUUCGCAUGACAAGGUGACAGCUUCAGUGCGGCUGCUCCCCUUUUAUCCUGUAGGCGGCCUGAGGGGUCGGUUCCCGGGGGCGCGCACAGACUGCCCUUCAGGCCGCACGCUGGGAGAUGAGGGGCGGUUGUCUCAGGAUCUUGGCGCCGCCUAGGUAGUCCCGCUGACCACCAAAGUCCGAUGGCACACUUGAGUGCCCUCCAACGGGCCCCGGAGGCCAAGGAUGCGAAAGGGAGCCACGGUCCGCUCUGCGUCCCUUGGUCGCCCGGAGGUGCGACGCGCGCGGCCCCCGGCUGUGCCCGGUGGCAGCGUGGCAAAGCAGAGCAGCGGUCUGGCGGGAGGCCGCGCGAAGGGAGGCUUUCGCUCGAGGUUCCAGGGCCUGAACCUAGCCAGCAGGAGCAGGUGGCUUUCGGCAGUGGGGAUACCGUGGAGCUGAGCUGCCAUCCUCCUGGAGGUGCCCCCACAGGGCCCACGGUCUGGGCUAAGGAUGGUGCAGGUCUGGUGGCCUCCCACCGCAUCCUGGUGGGGCCUCAGAGGCUGCAAGUGCUAAAUGCCUCCCACGAAGAUGCAGGGGUCUACAGCUGCCAGCACCGGCUCACUCGGCGUGUGCUGUGCCACUUCAGUGUGCGUGUGACAGAUGCUCCAUCCUCAGGAGAUGACGAAGAUGGGGAGGACGUGGCUGAAGACACAGGGGCUCCUUAUUGGACUCGCCCAGAGCGAAUGGAUAAGAAACUGCUGGCUGUGCCAGCUGCAAACACUGUCCGCUUCCGCUGCCCGGCUGCUGGCAACCCUACCCCCUCCAUCUCCUGGCUGAAGAAUGGCAAAGAAUUCCGAGGGGAGCAUCGCAUUGGGGGCAUCAAGCUCCGGCACCAGCAGUGGAGCUUGGUCAUGGAAAGUGUGGUACCCUCUGAUCGUGGCAACUAUACCUGCGUGGUUGAGAACAAGUUUGGUAGCAUCCGGCAGACAUACACACUGGAUGUGCUGGAGCGCUCCCCACACCGGCCCAUCCUGCAGGCUGGGCUGCCGGCCAACCAGACAGCCAUUCUAGGCAGUGACGUGGAGUUCCACUGCAAGGUGUACAGCGAUGCACAGCCACACAUCCAGUGGCUGAAGCACGUGGAAGUGAACGGCAGCAAGGUGGGCCCUGACGGCACGCCCUACGUCACUGUACUCAAGUCCUGGAUCAGUGAGAAUGUGGAGGCAGACGCACGCCUCCGCCUGGCCAAUGUGUCGGAGCGGGACGGGGGCGAGUACCUCUGUCGAGCCACCAAUUUCAUAGGCGUGGCUGAGAAGGCCUUUUGGCUGCGUGUUCACGGGCCCCAAGCAGCUGAGGAGGAGCUGAUGGAAACUGAUGAGGCUGGCAGCGUGUACGCAGGCGUCCUCAGCUACGGGGUGGUCUUCUUCCUCUUCAUCCUGGUGGUGGCAGCUGUGAUACUCUGCCGCCUGCGCAGUCCCCCAAAGAAGGGCCUGGGCUCGCCCACCGUGCACAAGGUCUCUCGCUUCCCGCUUAAGCGACAGGUAACAGUGUCCUUGGAAUCUAACUCCUCUAUGAACUCCAACACACCCCUCGUCCGGAUUGCCCGGCUGUCCUCAGGAGAAGGUCCCGUUCUGGCCAAUGUUUCUGAACUUGAGCUGCCUGCUGACCCCAAGUGGGAGCUAUCCAGGACCCGGCUGACACUUGGUAAGCCUCUUGGAGAAGGCUGCUUUGGACAGGUGGUCAUGGCAGAAGCUAUUGGCAUCGACAAGGACCGUACUGCCAAGCCUGUCACCGUGGCCGUGAAGAUGCUGAAAGAUGAUGCGACUGACAAGGACCUGUCGGACCUGGUAUCUGAGAUGGAGAUGAUGAAAAUGAUUGGCAAGCACAAGAACAUCAUUAACCUGCUGGGGGCGUGCACACAGGGUGGGCCCCUGUAUGUGCUGGUGGAAUACGCAGCCAAGGGCAAUCUCCGGGAGUUCCUUCGGGCGCGACGGCCUCCAGGCAUGGACUACUCCUUUGAUGCCUGCAGGCUGCCAGAGGAACAGCUCACCUGCAAGGAUCUAGUGUCCUGUGCCUACCAGGUGGCACGGGGCAUGGAAUACUUGGCUUCUCAGAAGUGUAUUCACAGAGACUUGGCUGCCAGAAACGUCCUGGUGACUGAGGACAAUGUGAUGAAGAUUGCGGACUUUGGCCUGGCUCGAGAUGUGCACAACCUGGACUACUACAAGAAGACCACAAAUGGCCGGCUACCUGUGAAGUGGAUGGCACCAGAGGCCCUUUUUGACCGAGUCUACACCCACCAGAGUGAUGUUUGGUCUUUUGGUGUCCUCCUCUGGGAGAUCUUUACGCUGGGGGGCUCACCGUAUCCUGGCAUCCCAGUGGAAGAGCUUUUCAAGCUGUUGAAAGAGGGCCACCGUAUGGACAAGCCAGCCAGCUGCACACAUGACCUGUACAUGAUCAUGCGGGAAUGUUGGCAUGCGGUACCUUCACAGAGGCCCACCUUCAAGCAGUUGGUAGAGGAUUUAGACCGCAUCCUCACUGUGACAUCAACUGACGAAUACUUGGACCUCUCCGUGCCAUUUGAGCAGUACUCGCCAGGUGGCCAGGACACGCCUAGCUCCAGCUCAUCCGGAGAUGACUCGGUGUUCACCCAUGACCUGCUACCCCCAGGCCCACCCAGUAAUGGGGGACCUCGGACGUGAAGGGCCAACAGUCCCACAGACCAAGCCCCAGGCAAUGUUUACGCGGACCCUAGCCCGCCCUGCUACUGCUGGUGUGCAGUGGACCCUAGCCAGCUCAGUGCAAUGGGCCAACAAUAGACAAGACUUCCUGCGUGUUUAUCCUUGGCUCCUGGGUGCAGAGGCCCCUUGGGAACAUGCACUGCUGUAGAGUGAUCUCCUGACUGGCCAGGAGCACCAAACAAGAAUGUAAGAGGCCCACCCUGUGCAACCCUGGGGUUCUGGCCCUCUCAUUUCCCACUGCUACCUUCCAGGGACCAUUGUUGGAGAGGGCUAGACUCCAUGUCCAGAGUAGGCCUUGGCCUUCUUGGUGCCCCAAGCUGAGCCUACAGGGAGGCUCUGCUCUGUGUGGCAAGCCUCUCUUCUACAUGGCACCUUGUGCCUGGGGGUGUCAUAGCUCGACAUCUCCAGGCUGCCUGCUUCCCACCCUGCCCCUCAGAGACAAAUUACGGGUACCUGAAGGGGGGGCAUAAUGUCUAUCAGAAAGGUUUAUUCCAGAGGAAAAUGUACAUUUAUAUAAAUAGAUGCUGUGUAUGAUAUAAAUAUAUACAUACAUAUAUAUAAGAAUAUCUAUAUGGAAAAAGGCAAAGUUGAGGCCCAAGGGAGCAAGAUACUCCAUGGGUCUCUCUAGGAAACUGGCAAGAGCAGGCUGAGAAGCAAGGGGCUUUUCUGGCAUGGCAGUUUUGUUUGUACUGGACCUGUAUAUUUGUAAAGCUAUUUAUCAACCCCCAGAGCGCCAGUCCCCGACCCCAGGUUCAUAGCAUUUAGUCCCAGGGUAUUGCAGCCAUCUUAAGUUGUAACUUAUUAACAGCGGAAGAGGUUCAUGCUGGAUUUAGGGAGUUGCUGAGAAUGUGCGUCUGGCCUCCACCAGGCUGGCUGUGGCCCCUUGGCACUUGAAUGGCUCUCCUAGUCAGAGCUGGCUCCAGGGAGCAUUUUCUGUUGCCUUUGGCCCUCUUUUGUGGGGGAUUAGAUUUAUAUAGGAACUUUCUUUAGGAGAUGUUUAAAAAUUUUUAAGGUGAACUGGUAUUUUUCAUACAGAUUAUUCUAAUUGCUAUGUAUUCCAGGCAGGGGCCUGUGCCCAGGGAAGGGCUGGCCCUGCAAGAAGGUUCAGAUGUUAAUAGUUAUCUGUUACAAGUUUAUCUAUCUAUAAUUUAUUGAGUUUUUACAAGUUGUCUUGCUGUAGGCUUAACACUUCCUAUGCAGUGCUUCUAGACUUUUAUAGCCUAGACUGCUACCUUUCAAAGCUUGGGAGACAGCGGUGAAUGCAAUCUUGUUACUUUUUGUACUGUUACUGGGCCCUAGGCUUGGGUGGCUGUCCCUUGCCUGUCAGCCAGCAGGGUCAGGACAGUGGCUCAGGGUGACUUUCUUGGGGCCUAGCACAUGGUUUGUCAGCCCACGCUGGCAGAUGUGGUUUUGUUAACACAACCAACUUACUUUCCAAAAAAUAAAGAGAUAACUGGUUCCA